UUUCCAUGACGUCCCGUUCUCGAAACCAAUAGGAGUAAGGUACAGUUAGUCGGGAAAUUUGAAUUAAAUGAGAUAGAACUGCCAGUGCGAGCUGGGAGUGGAAGAGAAAUUAAAAAUAACACCGCUAAUAAUAAAGUCUAUUAUUCGACGGGAUUUUACCAGCAUAUCAGAGUCCGGGUACGGUUAACAUGAGAAAAAGUGAGGUGUUGGCUGCAGAGUCUGUGGCAUGUUUAAACAAAGCCCUGUCCCGCCUAAAGGGUAUCUGGGAGGAGAUUGGUAUCCCAGAGGACCAACGACUGCAGAGAACGGAUGUGGUAAAGAAACACAUUAAAGGCCUGCUGGACAUGAUGAUAUCUGAGGAGGAGAGCCUCAGGGAGAGGCUGCUGAAUAGCAUCGCUUUGUGUCGCAAGGAGCUGGACACCCUGUGCAUGGAGCUUCGCCUGCCUCCGUUUGAGGAAGAGGAGGGAAACACAGUCCUGCAGCUUGAGAAGGACAUCCGCACACGACUGGAGGUGAUGAUGAAACAGAAGAAGGAGAGAAUGCAUGAUUUGAAGGCCUUGAAAGAGCAAGACCAGGACCUCUGUGAUAUUCUCUGCAUUGAGCCUUACUGCAUUGACAGUGACGCUGUCCCCAGCCUGGAGGAACUGAACCAGUUCCGCCACCACAUUGCAAGUCUCUGCGCAGAAAAGGAGAGAAGAAGAAGAGAGUUUGUGGGCAUCAAAAGGCAGAUUAUUUUGUGCAUGGAGGAGCUAGACCACACACCAGAUACAAGUUUCGAGAGAGAUGUGGUGUGUGAGGAAGAGGAGGCUUUCUGUCUGUCCACAGAGAACAUUGCUAUGCUGAAUCAGGUCCUGAAUCAGCUGGAGGUGCGCAAGUCCCAGAAUGAGGUCCUUUGCAGUUCUUACCGCGACAGGAUCGUGGAGCUAUGGGAGAGACUGCAGGUUCCACAGGAGGAGAGGGACGCCUUCUCUGUUCACAUGGCUGGGUCCAGACCAAGUAAUAUUCAGGCUUUACAAGAGGAGGCGGAGCGUCUGCAUGAGCUGAAGCUACAGAACAUUCGGAAUGUAGUCCAAGCCAUCCGAGCAGAGGUGGUAGCCUACUGGGAAAAAUGCUUCUACAGCCCUGAGCAGAGGCAGGCCUUCGCACCCUACUAUGAUGAGGAUUACACAGAGGACCUGCUGAGUCUGCACGAUGCUGAGAUCCUGCAUCUGAAACAGCACUAUGAGGAUCACAGAGAGCUCUUUGAAGGGGUACACAGAUGGCAGGAGAGCUGGACGCUAUAUCUGGAGCUUGACAGAAAAGCAACAGAUCCGUCCAGGUUUACAAACAGGGGAGGGAACCUUCUGAAGGAAGAGAAGCAGAGAGCAGAUCUUCACAAAAACUUGCCUAAACUGGAAAAGAAGUUGAAGGCGCAGAUCGAUGACUGGGAGCAGGAGCAGGGCCGGGAGUUCCUGGUGAGCGGACAGAAGUUCCUGCAGUUUGUGGAAGAGCAGUGGGAGCUUCACCGUCUGGAGAAGGAGAGGGAAAAGCAGGAACGGCAAAUGAAAAAGACCAAGCAGAUAGAAGAGGAGAUGCUGUAUGGCACUGCUCCAAGAACUCCAUCCAAACGAAGGUUUCUGGGAGCAAACACUCCCGUAAAAGUGCGUAAGCUCAAUGCUACCUCAAUCUCUAGUGCCACUCCCAACAGCACGGUACGUUCUGCCUUCGGUGGGACUCUCUGUCACUCCCCUGUGUCCCGUCCCCCACUCUCAGGAAGCAAGCCUGUCCAGCCGGUUCGAACUCCAGGACGCAGCAAGCCUCCCCGCAUGGGGGUGCUGGAGCGGAACAAGGAGAAUGUGUCCCAGUUGAAUGGAACUGCCAUGAGUGGUGCGUUCAAGGGCACAGCUAGUCCACAGUGUAACUUCAGCAGUAACUCUGUUGCCAGCACCUAUUCUGAGUUUGCGAAGGAUUUUGCCCAUACAGACUCUACCGCCCUCAGUUCAAGCGAGAACUUUCAAAAGCAUCCAAAUCUAACUGCAACUCUAGAAUCCUAAACUCUACUAUUACCAGCCAUCGCACCUGACAGCCAGCAGCGUUUGAUUCUAGAAUCCUAAACUCUACUAUUACCAGCCAUCGCACCUGACAGCCAGCAGCGUUUGAUUCUAGAAUCCUAAACUCUACUAUUACCAGCCAUCGCACCUGACAGCCAGCAGCGUUUGAUUCUAGAAUCCUAAACUCUACUAUUACCAGCCAUCGCACCUGACUGCCAGCAGCGUUUGAUUCUGGAAUCCUAAACUCUACUAUUACCAGCCAUCGCACCUGACAGCCAGCAGCGUUUGGAAAUGGAAAGUAGCAGGGCAGGCUUCAAACCUUUGGAGUACUUUGUAAAUGUGGGCUUUUGGGUGCAUUUAUUUUAAUGAAGGUAAACUUAUAAGAAAAAUAUACAAACAGCAGCAUAACCAGCCAGAAUAUAUUUAACUCCUAGUUUUAAAAUCAGCAAGCUUUGUUAUAAUCAACACUAUUUUUCUUAAUACUAAUUAACACUGUUUUAAAGAAUAUGCAAGGUUAAGUUUGACCUUGUUUAUUAUUAUUAUUUUAAUGUAUUUAUUAUUUUCAAUGUCCAGUACUGGUUAUGUCUAGCUUUUAGUUUUAUUUUUCUUCAUAUGUUUUAGUUAAUGAAUAGUAAAUACAUUUAUGAACUUUGCUAAACUAAUUUUAACCUGUUAGUUUUAUUAUGUAUAUACUGUUAAAAGUUAAUAAUCAUGUAAGUUUUGCACAUUUCUUGGCACUACAUCUGUACAAUAGUGCUUUGCUUGUCAUAGUUAUUCCUAAUGUUAUACUGUACUUUUCAACUUGUAUUUCAGGAGGGUCUUGAUACGCUACAUAUAGUUUAGGGUUCUCUGUGUAGUGAGGACUGUCCAUCAGCUUUCUAUUUCUGCCUGGUAGAGUGCUAUUCAUAUUUAUGUAAGAGGCUCUGCUUUCUAGAGAAUCUCUGUAAAUACAUUUCUGGUUCUGUAGCUCUAGGAUUACACUGAAAAUGAAUGGGCUCUUCAAGAAAUAAAUUGAACAAAGUAAAUAGCAAACAUUAUGUUAGAAAAGCAAAACUGUUGUGAUCGACUGACUAAAGAAGGUCUCGUUUGAAAUGAAGUGGUUGCUAUUUGUGUUUGUUAAAGGAAAAAGUUUAUUAAAUGUAAAUGUUAGAAAAAAAACCCUUAUGCUAAAAUAAACUCCAAUGUUUUGUAAGAAAACAUACUGUAAAUUUGUUUCUGUUUUUAGAGCUGUGUGGAAUAUAGGUAUGAUUUAAACUGUACAAUUGUUAUCUAUAAAAUCAAUAUAAUCA